AUGGACGAUUCCAUGCCGCGAGAGGAGAUAAUCGGGGUUGUGAUUGGGGCCGUUGCACUGUUUUCCCUGAUCAGCAUGAUUCCGGUGCCCGAUAGUCUUGGCUCCCCCGCUUCAUGCAUGCGAAAUGUUCUCGAAGCUCUGACUUGCCGAUCACUGAUUUAUGAUUUUCUACUUAGCAUGAUCAUGUGGCAUCACCGACGAAGGGCAGCCAUACAAGCAAUGGGCCAAACCACAGUCCUCCCCCCGAUUUAUCAGGUACAGUUGCAGAACGUGUUGGGCCAACCGGUGUCUGGCCAACCGGUGUCUGUGGACCGAUGGUUGGCAGAACAAAACGUGCCCACCAGUGCCCAGCAAUACGGCCAAGAUACUUGCCCCAUCUGUCUAUCAGCACUAUCGUCAUCCCCGUACCUCGCCUGUCCCGAUCCAUCCGUUCUAGCCCACGAUCAGUAUCACAACCCGACUGCACGGCCAGACGCUUUCUGCAUCUGCGGGGCAAAACAUUCCCCACCCGGCAGCGAGGUGCUCGUACUGAAUCGCUGCAAGCAUGCCUUCCAUCUAGAUUGUCUGAAGUCUUGGUUUGAAUACCGUCGGUACAAGUGCCCGAUCUGCCAAGCUUCGUAUUCGCCAGAGGAAGAAGCACGAGGAUGA